AUGGGUCAGCCGCAGAAUGAUGUCGAGCAAGAAAGAAUCCGGGAUUUAUCAAAAUAUUAUUGUACCUUUGAUCAACCAGUCUCUACAAGCUCGGACCCGGAACUACAUGAUGUCCCACAGGACAUACCCUCCCCUCGUCUUUCAAAUGAUACCACCUUGACUGCGUUGACACAACUGGGUGUCUAUCGAUUUGGAUGUAAUCGGUCUUUCGUUUCAAUCAUUGACGGAGAAAAUCAACAUAUCAUUUCAGAGGCAACCGCCUCAAUCUCUCUUCGAAACAAAGAUCUUCAUCGCCCGGACGAUGGCAUCUUCCUCGGUGUCAAUACACUUGACUUGGAAUGGGGAGUUUGUCCCCACGCCAUUCGACUUUUCACUGGACAAGAUCCUUCCCAGGUACAAGACACGGAGAAUAUAACGGCCAACCAGACACGCAACAUCAUUCGCGAUUUCACCAAGGAGGAUUUCUACAAAGAUCGCCCGUACGUGCUUGGCUGGCCUUUCUUUCGAUUCUACGCCGAGGUGCCAUUGUACAGCCCUUCCGGUUUCGUACUCGGUUCAUAUUGUGUAGUGGACAACAAGCCACGAACGAAAUUUGGAGAUGAAGAUGUCGCUGCUCUUCGAGAGAUUGCCGACUCAAUUUCAAACCACAUUGAAAAUGCGCGGAUCGUUCAAUACCAUCGCCGUUCGGAAAACUUGGUCAAAGGGUUGACAAACUUCGUCAAAAGUAAUUCGAAAUUUGACCCCACUGGCUCCUCCACUCAAGGCGAUGUGGGUGGAACGCUCGAUUCCUUGUCCACAGAAAAGGAUAUUGGUGUCUAUUCACCCCUUGAUGAAAGGUCGUCCACAAGUCUUAAUGGAAAGGAAGCGUCGAUAUUUUCUCGAAACAUACCUUCUGCGUCAAACUAUACACUGCCAUCAUCGCUUUCUCGAACCUCGGACCGAGCCGAACCGCUUUCCUCUUCCAUAGAAGGGCCCCCGGAAUUAUCAGUGCCAGACAAUGUGCCUAUCACUGAACGCAUAGCUGCGAUUUUUGCUCGUGCCAGUUUACUAUUGAAAGAAUCUUUGGAUUUGGACGGCGUGGUCUUUCUUGAUGCCCACCGAAAUGACCCGCAAUUCGAAUCUCCUGGACGGCAUGAUGAUUGGGAUUCCUUGUCGAAUUUUGAGGCAGGCUCCCCCAUUUCUUCGCGCUGGGGCCCUCCUAAUGCAAAUUCGCCCAAAGAUGCAGUAAACUACUGUGGCUCCUUGGGCCAGGCUAUAAGCUGCAGGCCAGCUAAGACCAACACCGACUCAAAAUUCCAGGUCAAAGUGACUGAAGAGUUGCUGCAUUCGUUGAUCACACACUUUCCAGAUGGCCACAUAUUCAACAUAGACAGCAGGAGUAAUCUGGCCAGCCCCAUGGACUCUACCCCCAUGGACUCUACAAGUGGAAAUUCAGAGAUUUUUGCUCCAAACUUUGAAAUCAUUCGGCAUAUCUCUCAUCGUCUCGCUCACCAGCUUCCUGGAGCCAAGUGUGUGAUUUUCUAUCCUCUAUGGGAUUGGAACAAAUCCCGAUGGCUUGCAGGUACACUGGCAUGGGUAAACGGAACCCACCGUCCUUUGGGCACAGAAGACCUGCACUACUUUAGAGCCUUUGGAGAUUCUAUGAUCUCUGAAGUAUCUCGGAUACACUGGACCGCCAGUGAGAACUCAAAAUUCGACUUUGUAACUUCUAUCAGUCAUGAGCUUCGCUCCCCACUACACGGGAUCCUCGCGAGCGCAGAGUUGCUACAUGACAUUCCGCUUCAGACUGCGCACCGUGAUAUGGUCAACAUGAUCUUAACAUCAGGACUGACCUUGCUGGAUACAAUAGAUCACCUGCUAGAUUACUGUAAAAUCAACAACUUGGCAACCACGCAAAGUCUCAGCGUGACCAACACUAAAGAUUCUGGAACAAGCCUAGUCUCCGACUUCGAUCUCGAUUCCUUGGUUGAAGAAGUCGCUGUGAUACUCCAUACCGGCCGAAAAGCACAUGGGCCUGCCUCCUCUCUUGCAAGUGAAACAGCUAUUGCUGCUCUGUCCUUUCAAACCGCCUCUCGUAUUACUCGAAAUGGGGAUGAAUUGUCAGUGAUAGUAAAUAUCGAGCAGUCCAGCUCCUGGAAUAUCCGAUCAGUCGCUGGUGCCUGGAGGAGAAUAGUCAUGAACCUCCUCGGCAACGCAAUGAAAUGGACACAGACAGGUCUCAUCGAGGUAUCAUUGUCACAAGCCGCAGCUCAAACUGAAGCAGAACCCCAUCUUGUUCACCUUCGCGUUACAGACACGGGUCGAGGAAUUGCACAGGACUUUCUCAGAAACUCCGCGUUCUCUCCAUUCGCCCAGGAAGAUGCCUUAUCAGAGGGCGUUGGGCUUGGACUCAGCGUCGUGCAUAAGCUAGUGACUUUCCUGGGCGGUCAUCUUAAUAUGAAGAGCGAAAUUGGUGUUGGUACCCAGGUCGAUGUUUACAUUCCUGCACAGCGUCCCAAGGACCACGUCCCCGCCAAGCUGUUCGACAAUGCUUGCUCGAUAGGAACGCAAAGCCACAAGGACACUCUGAAGGCAUGUCUCAUUGGGUUUAAUGGCUAUCCCGACUUGACGGAGACACCCACUGGUAUCCUGAGCUCCGACGCGAAAAGAAAGCUUUCUAUUCAGAGCACUCUUGCCAAUGUUUUCAGAGUACAACCGGGAUGGCAUAUUGCACUGGCAGAGUCCCUUGAGAAGGGAGAGGGUGACAUCGCGGUCAUCGAGGAGGCAAAAUUCGACGCUAUGUUGAAUGACCAAUCACCCUCUACUAUGGAUGGCGGCCAUAAUUUCAAAUUCUUUAUUGUCUUGGGCAGCACGACAUCUUCGCUAGGCCACUCUCUCCCUCCGAAUGCCAUCCUGAUUUCACAGCCAUAUGGACCUCAGAAGAUCCGUCAAACCGCUCAAAGAAUCAUGGAUAUGCACAAGGCACAGACUCAAAUCAACGAUCUUGAAGCUCCAAUUCCCGCUCCACCAACAAGCCGUGAAAUUAUUCCCUCAAAUCCUACCCCAGCGAACCUACCGGAAAUAUCGAAAGAUCUUUCACAACAGCCUCCAGUUGAAUUGGUCUGUCCAAGUCCUCUUAUCAGGGGCUCACCGAUUCAAUCGAAUGGUCAAAUGAACGAUAUGCAUGUUCUCAUCGUUGAUGACAAUGAAAUCAAUGUCCAGAUCCUGGCUACGUUCAUGCGAAAGAUUGGCUGUAGUUACGACACAGCUUCUAAUGGACUCAUUGCAUUAGAACUUGUUGAAAAUUCGAGUCGAAGAUAUGAUUUGAUAUUGAUGGAUUUAUCAAUGCCUAUAAUGGACGGGCUGGUUUCAACCAGUAAGAUCCGACAACACGAAAAAGACCAUGGUCUCCAACCCUCCCGCAUAAUGGCCGUUACAGGUGUCGCUUCGGAUACCAUGCAACAGGCGGCGGUGACCGCAGGUAUUGACGACUAUUUAGUCAAACCUCUCUCCCUCCGUAAGCUGAAGAAGCUCAUGGAACCCACACUCUAA